AUGUAUGAUGACUCAUCUAUGCGAUCGGAUGCAACAGUUAGUGUUAUAAACAUUACAAGUAUUGCAACACAAUAUUAUGAUAUUCAGCGAAAAUUUUUUAUUGUUCUGUAUCCUACUACAUUUUAUUAUUGCUUGAUUAUGGAUCCAUAUAAUACUCUCGUACCAACAAAUAGUAUUUUAUCGAAUGGUGGGAUUGGCACGUAUCCGAUGAAUGCAGAUGCGUUUGGCAUUUAUCCGCUAAACGCAGGAAUUCAGCAGCGCCCAUACAGAGGUGGCUUUUUAUCAAGAAUUCCGAAUUUAUUUAUACCGGCUAUUUUUUUGCUGGCAUUUUCAUGGCUGUUACAAGCCAUAGCCACAUUCAUUCCCUAUUGGUCAAAAUAUAGUGGUGUAGGUAACUCAAGAGCAGGUCUAUGGAGUGCUCGAGCAAAUGGUACGAUGAUACAAAAUUUUUAUUUUCCAAUUAAUAUAACUGAGAAUAUGACAAGCUUUUCAUUUACAAGAGCACAAACAAAAGGAUACAUUGUUACCGUUCAAUUUUUAAUGACAUUUAACUUUGUCUUUAUGCUUAUUGUUUUGAUUUUACUCGUUAUUGACCAAUUACGGCACAGUCGAAGGUCAGAGGAAAGCUUUUUACAAAAUGAACAAAAUUCAUCUGAAACAGCAAUGAAAUAUGCAUUGUUAUUGUAUAUUACUUAUGUUAUGGGUAUGUUUGACCAAGUUUUUUUUACUUUGAUUUUACCUUUUUGCAAAUAAGCGUACUAUUCAUUACUCUGACUAUUGAAAUGAGGCCACAAUAACCUGUGUAUCUAUUAGAAACAUGAAAUACUUUUUUACUAAAAAAAAUAUUCAACCUUGGGAAAAUAGAUUAGUCCCAUUACAACCGGUGGUAGCAAACCCUAUACUAUCAAAAUUAGAAAACGGUAUACUAUCCAUUUCAUAUUAACAGGCAUUCGUCUAUUUUAUUCUGAAUAAAGUUUGAUACAGAGGAGAGACCUACGUUUUUCUCCGUUUGAUAGCUCAAAUUGGAGCACAUGAACCAGUUUGUGGCAAGCAGUUUUGAAAAUCUUUUGCGAAGGUUGAUCUC